AUGUCAAUCGAAAUUGGAAGAGGAGGCAAAAGGUUCUCUUAUGCCGACAAUGAUGACCUGUCUUCACACGCGACCUUCAGAUUGGGUGAUGAGAACAGCCAAUUGGAUGUCAUGACCACACCACCCUCCAUGGCUCGGAACAGUGCUCGCAAAGUGAAUGGGAGCCUACGCAAGCAGGCCUCUCUGCGUCGCGCCACGGAAACGACAAAGUCGACGGAGGCGCUCAAAAGGGAAAACCAGAGCUCAAAGACUCGCGCCGUCUCCGAACGUUUGCCUGAACGAUCGGUUGCGCCUGCGGAUUCUAUGGUCUUGCAGAACACUCGUGAUUUGAUGGCAGCAAACAGUGGCCGAGACUCGCGCUUUGUGCCGACGCGCUUCGCGUCUGGCAACGACCAGCUAAGCAACGGCCAACCUGUUCCAUCGCGUUUUACCUUGAGUCAUGGUUUGACUCAAGCGCAGUCAGCGCAGCCCCAGACCACCGUCAAUAAUGUAACGGUACAAUCGACGACUUAUACUGCGAAUCAAUCCUUUAUCCUGCCCGAUUUGCCAAACCUCACAGAGCUUGUGUCCGGCUUGCGGACGGACGGCACCCCGGUCUUCAAACGUGCUUCGAAGACUCGAUCCCGCUUUACUUCUGCUUCGUAUCGUCCAGACCCUCCGUCCUACCAUCCCAUUGAAUCAAUCACGCUCCCGGAGGAUGAGAAGGCCAUAUUUGCUUCGUUGCAACUGCUGAAGGAUAGGAUCACUCAGUUGGAGGCCGAGGCUGGCGAAGCGCACAAGCGCGCAGAGGAAUACGUCAACGAGAUUGUAGAUCUCCGAAACCAGCUCAGACUGAGUCCACCUCGACAUGAUAGUGCAAUGGGUUCAGAUGAGGAGCUGCGUACACAGGAACCAUUCAAGGCCGCAUCUGGCAAGAUUCAUGCCAGCAUGAAGACUCUUCAAGAACGUGUCGACAGAUCAGAGCGCAAGACCAGCGUAGCUGAGAUCACAAUCAAGCGCAUCACAAACGAACGUGACGCUCUGAUCGCCCAAAUUGGCAGCGCCUUCUUCCGCAACGAGGAGCUGGCUAAAGAGAAUGAGGAGUUCCGAGAAUCAUCCAGUCGACUUCAAGAGGAGAAUGAGGAUCUCAAAGCCGCGAAUACGGAACUUAGGCAUGCCAACGAGCGUCUGCAGAAGGCAGCGCGCUCGAAGCCAUCUCGAUCUCAGGGAAGCAAUCAAUUGCGCAGCGCCGAGACAGAAGCUGCGAAGGACGUAGAUCCUACGAAAGAUUCCCGGAGGAACGUCAACUCGAGCGUCGAGACUGUACAUGACCAGUCCAUCAACACCCAGUCAGUCUUCACUGCUCCGGGUGGUUUGGCAAUGACUCGCAGACGCUCCACUAGCCGCUCUCGCAAGUCAUUUGCAGCUCAAACAGAGAAUGACAGCGUGGAAAGCCUCGCCACUCGCAUCGAAGAGGAGAUACAGAAGUAUCGCGCAAAGGCAGCUAACAAGAAAAAUGAGACUGCUCGGUCUCUAAAUCUCACUGCACGCGACUCAUCGCAGCCAGGACAGCAGCGCCGUUCCAGCUCGAACGAACAUCAAGUCGAGGCUGCUUCACUCCCACGCCGACCGUCUAUGUCGAAGUCAGAGGCAGACUUCAGUGAGGCCGAAUCCACGACGACUUUGAACGUCAUGGCACGCACCCGACCAAGAUCCUCACAGGCCACAGUGAAGCAAAAUAAUGCACAAAUUGAGGGCAAAGAAUACACUGUGCUGAGCCCAUGGCAGACUGGAGAAAUUAUAGACCUUGCGAAAAUGCGCCAGAAGAUCGAGGAAGAAUUGAGAAAUGGGCAUGCCGUAAAACAGCCUUCGGCUCUUGCUUACACCGAGCGUGAUCAAACAACACGCUCGGUAAGCUUGCCAAAGCUGCCUAGGAAGUCAUCACUCAAAGACUUGACCGCUCGCACCAAUGGCGGUCUUACGGUCAAUGACUCGCUCCCUGCCGACCAGACACGAAUGUCGAAAAACGUGCGCGUGCAAUCUCCACACACAUCAGAUGAGAUCUCCCAUGUUGCACACAGUGAUCUUGCUUCAGGAGAUGUGUCAGUCUUGAGCACCGCGAGUCGGCGACCACGCCGAGGUGCCAGUCUCGGAGAGGAGACAUCGGCAUUCCUCAUUCACGACAUCACUCUGAACAUCUCAUCAACUCAAGAUCAGAAUUGCAUCAAUCACAAUACCGCGCAAUGCACAGCCUGUCCCCGGAACCCUGCGGCAGAGGAACCUUCCAUUCCCAUGCCCGUACCCGUGACCGAUCGUGAUCUCGAUCUUACCAACGCAACUAUCCGACCUUCGCAAUCGCCAGAGCUAGCUCUGGCGACCGUCAUCAAACAUCUCGAGGACGAGAUCACCCAUCUUAAAAUUCAGCGUGAGACCGCCAACCGCCUAUAUAACCAACACGAACCCGCUCUUUCCCGACGCCGACGCCUGGACGUGAAAGCCAAGCUCGACUCCCUCACCGCCGAGAUUGAAAAGCGCAGCGAUCAGGUCUACGCGCUUUACGACGUCCUCGAGGGACAGAAGCAGCAACAGGCAAACGACAAGACCCAACUGGCGCCUUCGAUGACAGAAGGAGAGGUCAACGACACGCUGACGAGCAUCGGCCUCAAUCCUGCUGAACUGUCAGGUCACAUCGCAAGGAGCGCACCAUCUGUCGGGCUCGAUGGCGCCGACGACAUGAGCUACGCUGAAGACGAAUACGACGAGGAUCUCCCGUGGGAGGGCAUUAGUGAUGCCGGAAGCCUGCCCGGCGAUUCCUGA